GGCCGGCUUGAUUGGAGGUCUUUGACAAAUCGUAACUUUUGCCGUCGACGACCGACGACGCCUGAAAGCGGUUCGUGCCGGGCACGGAUUUAGGUCUUCUCAAAAGCGGCGAUGGUACGUACGUAAAUACCAUGAAGGCGGGGCAGAGACGGCCUCAUCUUUGAUCAUUGUCCACGCUGCGGCAGCCGGCACCGUGUCUUCCUCUUUCUCUGCGACGACUCUCGCGGGAAUCGGUGGUGGUCCUUCUCCUUUGUUAUCCCUGCCUCCGAGUCAAGCUCAGAGCCUAGCAGCUGCAGCGCAGGGAGUCGCCAUGACGGGGAAGGCGAAGCCCAAGAAGCACACAGCCAAGGAAAUCGCUGCUAAGGUCGAUGCAGCGACGACAAACAGGGGAGGAGGGAAAGCCGGCCAGGCCGAUCGGAGCGGCCUCGACAAAGGCGGGCACGCCAAGUUCGAGUGCCCUCACUGCAAGACGACUGCUCCUGACAUCAAAUCUAUGCAGAUACACCACGACGCCAAGCACCCGAAGAUCCCUUUCGAGGAGGAUAAGCUCGUCAAUCUGCACGCCGGCCAUUCCCUUGAUCCCGUGAAGCCGAAGCCUGGGGUUCGCGGCAGCUUCAAGAAGUAAGGAGGGCAAAGGAUCCCCCCGUCUUCCUUAUAUAUAUGUGUAGUCUAAACCGAGAAUCAAGAGAUCGACUGGAUGAAUAGGGGAAUUUGGGGGAUCUAGCGUGUGUAUCGUUGCUUUCCUAUGAUUUCUCUUAUGUAUGCGGUCAAUAUGGGACAAACGUAAUCUUCUAGGGCGUACGCGUCUUCGUCCUAGCACUAGUUGGGUAUAGAUGAAAUGGGGGUUUCCGUGUUUUCCUCUGAACAUUUUCUGUCAUCAUUGUCAUCCUGGUCUUGAUCAUGUGGUGUGGCCUUGUGGUGCUUGUUUCAGUAGAAUGACUAUAUCCAACUUUUGCAGUAUCAAGAUGCAUCAACUCCCAACUUGAAAAUUA